AUGGCACGAUACGAUAGCAUUAUCUGCGACUUGGGAGACGUCCUUUUCUCAUGGUCUCCUCCAACGAGCAACACUAUUCCACCCAAAACCCUGCGCGAAAUCUUCUCCUCUGCGACAUGGUUUGAGUACGAGAAAGGCCGCAUUUCCCAGGAGACAUGCUACGACCGUCUCGGACACGAACUCUCCCUCAAUCCAGCCGACAUCCACAGAGUAGUCGAAGACUCCUGCGCCUCCUUGAAAUGGGACAGGAAUCUGGCGAACUUCUUCCAGGAACUCAAAGAUAAAAAUCGCGGAGCAUUGCACAUCUUUGCCAUGUCCAACAUUUCACAGCCAGACUAUGACGCGCUCCGAAACAUUUCGGCGGAUAUGGAUUGGUCAUUCUUCGACGGCAUUUUUACAUCUUUUGCAGCCGGUAGACGUAAACCCGAUCUCGGUUUCUACCGCUAUACGCUUUCUCAAGCGAACCUCGAUCCCUCUCGAACCAUUUUCAUAGACGACAAACUCGAGAAUGUGCUCUCUGCACGUUCACAAGGACUGUAUGGUCUCGUGUACCGCGACUUCACGGAGCUGAAGCAGUCGUUGCUCAAUCUGUUAGGAAAUCCGGUACUCAGAGGUCAAGAAUACUUGAAAAAGAAUGCAGGAUGUCUUACCUCCGAAUGCGCUGGACUAGCCAUCCAAGAGAACUUCGCUCAGCUGCUCAUUCUUGAUAUGACUAAUGAUCGGGAAAAUGGAACUUCUUUCCCGGCAACUGAGCUGAUAAUGAUCAAAGGGAACGGCAAACUUACAACGACCGAGUUUCCUUGUGAUUUGGAUACGACCUCACUUGGCCUCACGGUGAUUCGAGCGAAAGAGGAAGUGGCAGCAUCUACGAUGGAUGAGAUGCUGAUGUAUGUAAACGAAGACGGGAUCGUACAGACGUACUUUGACCACACCCGGCCACGAAUCGAUCCUGUCGUCUGUGUCAAUGUUCUCAGCCUCUUCUAUUCCUAUGGUCGAGGAAAUGAGAUGAACCAGACAUUGGAAUGGGUGUACCAGGUUCUUCUCCAUCGUGCUUACCUCCAAGGAUCACGGUAUUACGAGACAGCAGAGAGCUUCCUCUUCUUCCUCUAUCGAUUUAUCGGCGGCUGUGAUAACCCAGUCACCCAUAGUCGUUUCUAUCCACUCCUGAAAGAGAGAGUUAUGGAGCGGAUUGGGACGGAAGGAGACGGACUUGCCUUGGCAAUGCGUCUAAUUGUGUGCAACUUUACAGAUGUGAAAAAUGACAUCGACCUCCAGACUCUUCGAGGACUCCAGCGUGAAGAUGGAGGAUGGGAUACCGGUUUGAUAUACAAAUAUGGGUCUUCGGGUCUGAGUAUUCGGAAUCGAGGUCUGACAACGGUAAUGGCUAUUCAUGCUAUCCAGCGUAGUAACUUUGCUAGUUCCUCACUAUGA